ACCGUGGGCACUACAACUCCCAGGCGCCGGCGCGCGGCCGCGCCUGCGCCUUGGCGCCCGUCGCCAUCUUGCCCCCUUCUGAGGAACCGCAAAACAAACCCAAUUCCUGCUGGCCCGGGUCUCGUCGGAGGAACCUUUUAGAUGAGCCGCGAAAGGCCAGGCAGGGAAGAUAAGCUCUGUGGGGCUACAAAACGGAAGCAAGGAUGCCUGUUGUAUGGCCAACCCUUCUGGAUCUCAGCAGGGAUGAGUGCAAAAGGAUCCUUCGAAAAUUGGAAUUGGAGGCAUAUGCUGGAGUUAUCAGUGCCCUGCGGGCACAGGGGGACCUCACAAAGGAAAAGAAAGAUCUUCUCGGGGAACUCUCAAAAGUUCUUAGCAUCUCAACAGAACGCCACCGUGCUGAAGUUCGGAGAGCUGUAAAUGAUGAACGGUUAACAACAAUUGCACAUAAAAUGAAUUUAUCCUUAUAUUUGGGUGAGAGACCAAGUUACAGUAUGUCUGGACCCAAUAGCUCUUCAGAAUGGUCUAUUGAAGGUCGUCGACUAGUACCACUGAUGCCCCGGCUAGUUCCCCAAACUGCCUUCACUGUCACAGCUAAUGCUGUUGCCAAUGCAGCUAUCCAGCACAAUGCAUCUCUUCCAGUGCCUGCAGAAACAGGAAGCAAAGAAGUAGUGGUUUGCUAUUCCUACACGAGUACCACGUCAACCCCAACCUCCACCCCAGUUCCAAGUGGCAGCGUUGCAACGGUAAAGUCACCAAGACCUGCCAGUCCUGCCUCCAAUGUAGUUGUUUUGCCGAGUGGAAGUACCGUUUAUGUCAAAAGUGUUAGUUGUUCAGAUGAAGAUGAAAAGCCCAGGAAAAGAAGACGAACAAACUCAUCUAGCUCAUCCCCCGUUGUUUUAAAGGAAGUUCCCAAGGCUGUCGUUCCUGUCUCAAAGACUAUCACUGUGCCUGUAAGUGGCAGCCCCAAGAUGAGCAACAUUAUGCAGAGCAUCGCCAACUCCUUACCCCCCCACAUGUCUCCUGUAAAAAUAACCUUCACGAAGCCCUCCACUCAGACAACCAACACGACAACGCAGAAGGUGAUCAUUGUAACCACAUCACCAAGCUCAACCUUUGUACCCAACAUUCUUUCGAAAUCUCAUAAUUAUGCUGCAGUCACUAAACUUGUCCCCACGUCAGUCAUUGCCUCCACGACUCAGAAGCAGCCUGUGGUCAUAACUGCUUCCCAGUCCUCUUUGGUCAGUAGCAGCAGCAGUGGCAGCAGUAGUUCCACUCCAUCCCCCGUUCCUAAUACCAUUGCCGUAACAGUUGUGGUGUCCUCAACACCAUCUGUGGUUAUGUCAACAGUAGCACAAGGUGUAUCCACAUCAGCAAUUAAGGUGGCAUCAACCAGACUUCCUUCCCCUAAAAGCUUGGUGGCCACCCCCACCCAAAUUCUAGCACAAUUCCCUAAACAGCAUCAACAGUCCCCAAAACAGCAACUACAUCAAGUGCAGCAACAGGCUCAGCAGCAGUUGGCCCAGCCCGCAGCAGUGUCUCAUCAGCAACAGCCCCAGCAGUCUCAGUUACCACCCGGCAUCAAGCCCACCAUCCAGAUCAAGCAGGAGUCAGGCGUUAAAAUCAUCACUCAGCAGGUUCAACCAAGUAAAAUCCUGCCUAAACCAGUCACAGCAACACUGCCCACCAGUAGUAAUUCACCCAUUAUGGUGGUGAGCAGCAAUGGGGCAAUUAUGACAACUAAACUGGUUACCACUCCUACUGGCACACAGGCAACCUACACUCGACCAACAGUCAGUCCUUCAAUAGGGGCUCGAAUGACUGCAACCCCUGGAGCUGCCACCUAUGUGAAAACAACCAGCGGUAGCAUCAUUACAGUAGUACCCAAAUCAUUAGCUACUCUGGGGGGCAAGAUAAUUAGCAGUAACAUAGUCUCUGGAACGACCACCAAAAUCACCACCAUCCCAAUGACUUCCAAGCCCAAUGUGAUUGUUGUACAAAAGACCACAGGAAAAGGAACGACCAUUCAAGGCCUCCCGGGCAAAAAUGUUGUCACAACAUUGCUAAACGCUGGAGGAGAAAAGACCAUUCAGGCAGUGCCAGCGGGAGCAAAACCAGCUAUCAUCACUGCUACGAGACCCAUCACGAAAAUGAUCGUGACUCAGCCAAAAGGAAUAGGCUCUACAGUUCAGCCAGCAGCUAAAAUCAUCCCAACAAAAAUUGUUUAUGGGCAGCAAGGCAAAACACAGGUUCUCAUCAAACCAAAACCAGUGACAUUUCAAGCCACAGUUGUUAGUGAGCAAACAAGACAGCUUGUAACAGAAACCUUACAGCAAGCCUCCAGGGUUGCUGAGGCCGGGGCUGCGUCUGUUCAGGAGGUGAAAGAAGAACCACAGAACUACACAGACAGUAGCUCCUCUUCUACUGAAUCCUCCCAAAGCUCCCAAGAUUCCCAGCCUGUAGUUCAUGUAAUUGCUUCCCGGCGUCAGGAUUGGUCAGAACAUGAGAUUGCAAUGGAGACUAGCCCUACUAUAAUUUAUCAGGAUGUAUCCAGUGAAUCGCAGUCAGCUACUUCAACAAUCAAAGCUCUCUUAGAACUCCAGCAGACAACAGUGAAGGAGAAAUUGGAAUCCAAACCAAGACAAGCCACUAUUGACUUGAGUCAAAUGGCAGUUCCUAUUCAAAUGGCCCAAGAAAAGCGGCGCUCUCCCGAGAGUCCGUCAAUCGCUGUGGUGGAGUCAGAGCUUGUCACUGAGUAUAUCACCACUGAACGCACUGAUGAGGGAACAGAGGUUGCUUUUCCCCUUCUAGUUAGCCAUCGUUCCCAGCCCCAUCAGCAGUCCUCCCAGCCCCAGCGGACUCUGCUUCAGCAUGUGGCCCAGUCUCAAACAGCUACACAGACUUCGGUGGUGGUCAAGUCCAUCCCUGCAUCAUCUACAGGCGCCAUUACCCACAUCAUGCAGCAGGCAUUAAGCAGUCAUACAGCUUUUACCAAACACAGUGAGGAGCUUGGAACUGAGGAAGGUGAGGUGGAAGAGAUGGACACUUUAGACCCUCAGACAGGUCUGUUUUACAGAUCGGCUUUGACUCAGUCACAAGCCCCCAAACCACAGAAGCCCCAACUGGAGCCGACUCAACUGCAAGUGAAAACCCUCCAGUGCUUCCAGACUAAACAGAAGCAGACUAUCCACCUGCAGGCCGAUCAGCUCCAGCAUAAACUCCCACAGAUGCCCCAGCUUUCCAUCAGACACCAAAAGCUCACCCCCCUUCAGCCAGAGCAAGCACAGAUCAAGGCUGAGGUACAGCACACCCAGCAUCACCCAGGGGCCAAAGAAAGGCAGCUGCCCACACUAAUGGCACAGCCCCAACAGACUGUAGUACAAGUUCUGGCCGUGAAAACCACACAGCAGCAGCAGCAGCAGCAGCUCCCCAAACUCCAGCAGGCACCGAAUCAGCCAAAAAUCUACGUGCAGCCCCAGCCCCCGCCCCCUCAGGGCCCCCUGCAGCUCCCCGCAGCUUCUGAGAAACAGCCGGCGAGCCAGGUGGAGCAGCCAGUUAUAACUCAAGGAUCCUCUGUUACAAAGAUAACCUUUGAGGGGCGGCAGCCUCCCACUGUUACAAAGAUAACUGGUGGCAAUUCUGUGCCUAAGCUGGCAGUGCCAGUGGCAGGCAUAUCUCCCAUGCAGGCAUCUGAGAAGACAGCAGUCUCAGACAUUUUGAAAAUGUCUAUGAUGGAAGCUCAGAUUGACACAAAUGUAGAACAGAUGGUAGUGGAUUCCCCCAACAAGGCUAUUGCCACUAAUAAACUCCCUGGUGAAGCAGACUCGUCGCCCUCUACCCAGGUGGUGGCAGUAGGGCUGGCGACUUCCACUCCCCAGCAACCGAAAUGUAGAGAGUCCUGUUCAAGUCCUUCUGCUGUUGGCCCAUCUUUAACAAGGAAAACCGAAGCACCGGGAGUACCUACAACAGGCCAGUUCAUACGUAUUCAGAAUAUAGGCCAAAAGAAAGCUGAAGAGAGCCCUGCAGAAAUUAUUAUCCAGACCAUCCCUCAGUAUUCCAUUCCUUGUCACUCCAGCUCCAAUGUGGUGGUAGAGCCCAGUGGGUUUCUUGAACUCAAUAACUUCACUAGUCAACAGCUGGAUGAAGACGAGACGGUACUGGAGCAGGACUUGGACAGCAGCACAGAGGAGGGGACAGAACCCAGCCCUUCCCAGAAUUCAGCCGAACGGUCCUAGUGUUUUGGACACCAGAGUGCACUUUAAAGCCUGCUGGGUUCCCUUCCCAGGUGUCCAGGGAAUCCCUUGUAUUUUGAUGUAUAGAGAGCACUUUGCAAUUAGUUAUGCCAUGGAUCCUGAAAUGACAGAUGCAUUUCACCAAGAUGUUGCUGCCAAAGCACCAUUUUAAAACUGGAGUUGAAGCUCACAAGGGUGGAAUGUCCUUUUUUUUAAUAAAAGAAUAAAAGAAAAUAAAAAAAGAAAAGGAAAGGAAAAGGAAAAAAAUUCAAAUCUGCAACAACUUGAGACCUGAUGUUUGAACUUCUCUUGGACUAUAACCAGAUACAGAACUUUGUCCAGCAGUGAAGAGAGACUUUUCCUGUUUUUGUUUCUGAGUUGGCAUCUGCUAAACAAGACACCAUUGGAAAGGACUGUGAAUGAACAUUGUGUUUUUGGAAAAGCACACCAGGGACAGUUUUAAAUCUCUCUCUCUUGCUCUCCUUUUUUCGCAAAGCCCCAGGAAAUGUUGAGCUAGUGACGAUUUUGCACUUGGCCCAAUUCAUGUUGAAUUACUAAGAAACUUUUAAAAAUACUAGCACUAAAGUUCUUUUGGGAUCCUUAAAAGAGGUUCAGUUAUUUACUGUUGGUCACAUGUGGAUUUGGUGGCUGUCUUUGAGGCUUGUGUAUUUUCACAAGUUGUAUGCUAAUUUAUUUACAAAACAAUAUUCUUAAAGCCACAGGCAGCACUAUUCACUUUCUGUUUAAAUGUAAAGAUUUCAAAACAGGCCUUGCCCCUUUUAACUAGGAACACAUUUUUUGAACACACCUGAGAGAAUGUUUCACUGUGAUGUGGAGGGAAAGAAACUUUUUGAGCCUAAAGAAAAUGUUUAUUCAGAUUAGGAAAAAUCAUCAUUAUUUACAGGAUGAGUUCUUACUGUGAAAUUGCACAUUUAUAUUGAACUAAGGCUUUGGGAAAACACACAUAUGUAUACUCACACACUCGCCUCUUUCAUGUUGUUGUCUACCCCCUUGUGAAUGUACAAACGUUCAGUUGCUAUUCUAAGCUUACUAUGUUUUAAAGGUGUUCUACCUUCUUAGGGCACAGUCUAUUCAAGCAAUAUGUUUGGGUCUUGUGAUCACUGUAUGUCACAGAUAGAAGGGGGGUGGGUGGGGGAGGGAAAUGGACUGGAGGGUUAGAGAGUCAGUUUUGACAAGUUGUGGAAAAGGAAACAGUACUUUUCAUUUUUUAAAAUAAUGUAAAUAAAAUAAGUUUUUAAUGGUUUUAUAUAGAUUUCACUAUAAAUAAGCAUUUUAAGACUUUGACAAAUUGUUGACCUGUAUAUACAUGUAUCAGCAUAACUGCCCAAUUUUUUGGUGCUGAAGUACUGUAAGUAGAAUUCAUCAGCAGUCUCCUAAUUUUUGCGUCUACAUUUUUUUAAACUGUGAUAUUGUAGUUAAUAAAUUCCAACUAAAGGAACACUGAGGAUUCAAA